CUCGAUACUCUACAAUACAAAAUUCGCAUCCCCCCAAUGUUCUGAGAACUUAUCCAUCUGUCCUAUCACCGGAGAAUGUGUAUCUCAAGGCCAAGUCCUACUCAACCAAUAGGCCCACGCGUGCACCCGUUUUGCGGGGUAAGCUCCAGGCUUCCCCGCGUGAGGUCAUCGCUGUGUCUGCUAAGGAGCUUGGACGCAUGCCAUAUGAGGAGAGAUGCCUUAUAAGAUUCACCGUCCGCGAGGAUGUCAACUUGACAAGACUUUUGUUGAGGAUUGCUCUGAAUUUUAUCCUCCUGCAGCUCCGAUCUUAUAAUACUCCUUUUACACGAGCUUUACAGAGGUAGUAGUGAACUGAUUACUAGCUGCGGAGCAAUUCACCAGCAACACAAGCAAUCAGACAACAUUGAGCCAAGUCCUCAUCUAACAGCACAGCAAUCAUGGGUAAUUCCUCCUGGAACGACCUCCCCUCCGCCCUAGGCGACAGUUUCUCCAAAUUCACCUCCCUCCUCUCCUCCGACCCCCAACUCAAAGCCUUCGUCACCACCGACACCAUCAACAAGCCCGUGACCUUUGCCUACAAGUCUUCCGGCUCCGACAACAGCCUGCUCAUAACCGUCACCAACGGGUCUGCAAAGGCGAGCACGGGCUCAGCCAAAGAUGCCUUGUUCACUCUCUCGGCGCCGCCAGAGCACUGGGAGAAAUACUUCCAAAAGGUACCCGUCGCCCCGUAUCAGAGCUACUGGGGCAUGGUAGGUUUGAAUCUGAAGAAGGAGGGUGCGGAGAUUCAGGGCGACCAGACGGCUAUGGCGCAGUGGUCGCACGUCUGGCGGAGGGUGUUGGAGCUGGCGCACGAUGCGCACUGCGGGCCGAUGGAGGAAGCCGAGGACGAACCGGAGCAGAAGGAGGAUCAUAUUACCGGGAGGUAUGUCUAUCUGGAGACGUCAGUCUGGGGACGCGUCAAGGUCUUCUACGAAUGGGCUGGAAAUGGGAAACAGCAGAUUGUCUUCCUGCACAAUGGUGGCGCCGACUCUAGGCAAUUCCACGGCCUCAUGUCCGGCGACCGCCAACUCCGCCAAAAGCUCACCAUGUACGCCUUUGACAUGCCCGGCCAUGGCCGUAGCUUUCCCCCACAGAAAGUGCCCGCCGGCGCCUACACCAACACCGAGGACGGCUAUGUGCAAAUCAUCGGCGCCUUUGUGAAGGCCCUAGGUCUCCGCAGGCCAAUCAUCUGCGGAGCGGGUAUGGCGGGACAAGCAUGUUUGGCGGUGGCCAUCCGGAAUCGCGAGGUCCAGUCUGGAGGUGUGAUUCCGCUUCAAGGCUCUGGAUAUAUCAGCAUGGAGAGGCCGUCGUAUGAGCGCUCGCCGUACGUCAAUCAGGCACUGUUUAACCCAGAGUGGAUGUACAGUAUGAUAUCUCCGACCACCCCCUACGCCAACAAGCAACUCCUCUGGCACCUCUACAGCGGCCAAGCCUACGGUAUCCUGCACGGCGACCUCGCCUUCUCCAACGCCACCUUCGACGCGCGCCCCCGCCUCGCCUCCAUCGACACGACCAACUGCCCCGUUUACAUGCUCACAGGCUCGUACGACUACGCCACGACGCCCUCCGAGGCCCAAGCCACGGCCGACAAGAUCCCCGGGGCCAAGCACAAGGUCAUGGAGGGGUUGGGCCAUUUCCCCAUGACGGAGAGGCCCGGAGCUUUCAAGGGGUAUUUGAUGGAGGCUGUGGAGUUUAUCCAGGCGGUGAGGAGGGAGGGGUUGGGGAAUUUGAGGUUGGAGAGGGAGGAGUAGGGUCGAUGGAAAGCCGGUGGGGGCGAGUGAGUGAAUGAGUGGGUGAUGUAGUUGAUGGUGUAGUACGGGACAAUCUGGCUGUGUGCUUUGUGCUGUGUUGGGGUGUAGUGGCAAUUUGUACUAGGUAUUGAAGGUUGGACAAACUUGGUGUGGGUGGGGACUGACUGGCUGGCCGGACGGUUUUCAUGAACACUAUCCCUCUAGUUCAAAGGAGUUUAUGGGUUUUGUAAGUAGUUUGAUUCGUAACACCAUAAAAUUCCAGGCAUCUUGUAGUUCCGACCUACCUAGAUACCACCAUCUCUAUUC